CAAAGCAACCUUCACUUCUAAAGGAGACUAUCGAAGAAGGCCAUCUCAAAAUAAUCUUUGUCAUUAAAAUCUUUUCGGCCCCGAGGAAAGGACGCAAAAUUUAAAGUUCUACUCACAAAAUCCACCAAGAAAAUCAUAAAAAAAAUGUAUCAGAUGUCAAGAAUUGGACCUGGACCAGCAGGAUACGGUCUUCCCCCAACAGUUGGUUAUCCAGAGCAUGACGUCCGCAAGGAUCGGAAACCAAUGUUCAGCAUGCGGAGUAGACCGAUCACCCGGUACGAUUCCCUUGGACCUGGUCCGGCUCAGUACGAUCCCGGCAAAAUGACCCGCGUUGGACGUCCCAACAAUCCGACCUAUUCACUGGCGAGACGUUUCUCAUUGUUCAAGCCGGACAACACUCCGGGGCCGGGAGCUCACAACAACGACAAAGUGCCGUCCAUGAAGGGAAAUCGUCUUCCAGCGUAUUCCUUUGGAAUGCGCCUCAAAGAAACCUCCCGCGAUGUCGUCCCCGGUCCGGAUAAGUAUUCGUAUGAACUGAACGUGUACAAGAAUCGCAACCCGAUCUACAGCAUGCGAAACCGUACCAAGCAGCCUUACGCCCUGGAAGGACCUGGCCCAAGUGCGUAUGGCGGUCUGGACCGGAACCUAACGCACAAGCGGAAUCCGCGCUACACGAUGAGGUUGGCCUAUCCGAUUAUGGGAGAUAAAUGUCCCAAACCGGGCCCCAAUCGGUACGGAUUGAUGGAGAUGAAACCGGGAACGGCUGCGCCCAAGUACUCUUUCGGAAUGCGACACUCGAUGUGGAGGCCUCCGAUGGUCAUUCCGGGGGAUAAUUGUUGAACUCGGUAAUAAAUGCAGAUGCUGUGGUACAUUGACAA